GUGCUGGGGCCAUUUCCUGUUAUCAAAGGGGUUUCUACAACCCACAGACAAGACUUGAGCAAGACACACUUCAACACAGCCCUUCAGAAGUUCAGUCAGGCCGAGCUACAGGAAAGAAAGACAGCCAAACUUAUUUCUCUCCAAGAGGGAAUCUGGUGGAAGUGUUGAGAAGAGUGUCCUGCUGUUCCUGGCCUUAUUUUCUUCUCCUCUGCAGAGGCCAUGAGCUUGAGUGACCCGGUCACGUGCUACAUCCUGGACGCAGUUCUGCUGCUUUACUGCAUCAUUUUCACUGCGCUGUACUUCAGAAUAAAGUUUGCAAGAAUACAGUCUGAUACUUCAGUGCCACAGGAGAGUGUCUAUGAGGGGCUUAAUAAGAAUGCAAUGACAGAUGAGUAUGAAACCCUCGCGGGGCAAAGCGGGCAGGCCGGUGGGCCCGUCAGACGGAAUCGUGUACAGCAAGAGGAAGGCCAGUAUGAGGCUCUGAGAUCCCCAUCAAACGACGAUUACCAGGAGAUCCCAAAGAAAGCCAAGCCUCGCAAGAGUAAAGCCAAAAGCAAAGAGUCUGCAGCUACAGCUGAUGCCAUCGAAAUGGAUCCCCUUCCUGCUUUACCAUCACGUAGCUGAACUAACACACACACACACACACACACCUUAAAGACAUGCUGAACAUCUCCUGUAACCCUUUCCCCACAUUUCAUCCAGAGGAAGAAUCUAAAUUGGAUGCUGCUUGUGAAAUUUGUCUAUGCAAAAUCUCUUGUAGCAUAAUAUAGAAAUAUAUUGUUUUAUCUAUUACUUAGAAAGCGUAAAAAAUAGUUUCUUAAAAAAGUUACCUUAAAAAUAUGUAGUUAUUGUGCUUAUUUAUGACUUGCUAUGUGUUUAAAGCAGCUGAGCUGAGUUUUAGUCCAGCAGGUGGUGCUGUAGUUCAGAUUUCAUGCAUUUUCCCCAUUUUCUUGUUAUUGAAGUAUUGAUCACUGAUCAUAAUUUGCAUAUAGGUAGAAACAUGUCCUGUAAAUAUUAAUUAUAAUGCUGAAGUAUAUUUCUCAUUUGCAUUUUAGACCUGCUAUGCUUGUUUCUCAAAAUGUUAAAUUUGUAUAAAUCCAGGACUGAUUUUCUGUAAACUGUUGCCCAAGUAGCUGGAUGAUUUUACUUGCUAAUUUUGAUAUACAACUACUAAUAAAAAAAAAACUUUGGGUUGUAUGAGAACAA